AUGAAGCGAUCGAUUUCACUAUUGUAUCUCGCGUCAAUCGCGUCAGGUACGCUCGCCGCAAAGAGGCCAUUCAGUAUCCACGACGAUGUACUUGCAUAUCCCCAGUACAAAAUCUCGUUCCCAGAAGAAUACGUCCUCGAAAGCGAAGCCAAUAUAAUCCUCCAACGACAAGCCGAUCGAUCAUCCAACGACGUAGCCUCCUCAAAUAUUGACUCUGAUAAACGAGAUCUACAACACCAUGCAUCACAGAGACCAAUAGGUGGCUGGAAAGAAACCGGCAAGAAGAAAGGGGCAGCCCUAGACUGGGACCCUGAACUUUCACUCAAUCAUUUCAGCUAUGAAGAGAUGAAACUCGAUGGGCUACGUUAUCUUUGCAAUAUUCCGAGAGUCAGCAACGGAGCGGGAAACCAUACAACCGCUGGAACUACUGAUGGAGGUGAUGGAGCUAAGAAUCCAACGCAGGACGAGAAUGAGAUUGCUCGCGCUACCGAUCGAGGUUUGGAGUUAUUGAAGGAAAUGGAAGACACAUGCAUGUAUUACGUCUCGGGAUGGUGGUCGUACUCGUUCUGCUACAAGAAGCAGGUCAAGCAGUUCCACGCCAAAUCUGGUCCCGGUGUUCCCAAUUAUCCACCCAUUGAAGACCCGACCAGUCACUCAUUCGUUCUCGGGAAAUUUCAGCAGGACGAUGAUGAUGAGUCCGAGACUGAUUCUAGCAGCGGCAGCAAACAUGCAAAGGCGAGUUCCGCCGAAUUACAAACCAAAGGUGAAUCGAGAUAUCUUGUCCAACGACUGUCUGGCGGAACGGUCUGUGAUCUUACGGGGACUGAGCGCAAGAUUGAAGUACAAUUUCACUGCCAUCCUCAGUCUACGGAUCGGAUUGGAUGGAUCAAGGAACAGACAACUUGCUCUUAUUUGAUGGUAAUCUAUACGCCACGUCUGUGCCACGAUGUCGCGUUUCAACUACCCCAAUUCGAGGAUACACAUUCAAUCCAGUGCCGAGAGAUCCUGGCACCUGAUGAAAUCGCAGAUUUUGACGCCAUGAAAGCUCACCAUGAUCAACAACAACUCAUUAAUGCUGACAGCGAGAAAGCCCAAUUCGUCGGUGGCAUCGAAGUUGGCGCAAAGCAAGAAGUCGGAUCCGAGGGCAAAGUGAUUGAGAAAGGCCGCAUGGCCAGAAUCGGCGAGGAGACUGUUCAAAUAAUUGCCAAGCGAGAAAAUGGCGAGCUUGUGCAAUUAUCCAACAAGGAUCUUAAGAAAUAUAAUCUGAAUCCCAAGGAGGUAGAAGCCUUUGCGAAUCAGUUGGAUGAAAAGACGAAGGGCGGCGAUUGGAGGUUAGAGAUUGUGGAGAGUAAUGGAGAAGCUAGUUACCGGGCAAUUAUCAGUUCGAGUGAUGAUGAAGAUGAUAAUGGCGAGGCUGGUGAGGGGAAGAAAGAAGGAGCAGAACAGACCAAGGACAAAUCACCUCCUGCCAAGGAAACCAAGGCAGAUGAAAUUCCUCCUUCAAAUGAGGAACCGGGCAGCGAGGAAACAUAUAAAGACGAACUAUGA